AUGUCCCCCCACGAGCCCCCACCCCGCCUAAUAAUCUUUCACACCGGCUCACCAGAGACCAGUACCUUCUAUCAACGCUGGUACCGGUUGAUGAGUCUACUCGAAACCAAAAUCGAAGUCAAGACAGCCCGCCACAUAACCGCGCUCCCAGCCCUCAUCGAAGACCCAACAACAAUUCUCAUCGUUGCAGACAGCGAACUGGCAUUGCCCAAAAACACCUUCUACUGGGACAUUGUCCUGGCCUUCGUUUACUACGGCGGUAUUUGCAUCACGGCGUGCGAGUUCUACAGAGUCGACCCCGAGCAUAUCGCACCUUUUUUCGCCAGGGCGGGACUGAGUUGGACCUCGGGCUUGUUCCGUCAACAUAGGAGAUUUGAGUUCAAUCCUGCGGCUGAGGGCGGUCCCGAGGGUGGUAUGCUUGAUGGGCGUGCACCGCAAAUCUAUCGUGCGGGAGGUCGGCCUAUUUGGAACGUUGAGGAGCGGCACAUAUGGUAUUCUUUUGAUGAUUCUGGCGAGGGUCCGCGGGCUGUUGGGACUACCACUACCACUACCACUACCACGAUGGUUGCGAUGGCGGGUUUUGGGCGUGGCUGGCUGGGGUAUACUGGGAGUAAAGGGUCAUGCCGAAAGACGAUUGAUAUUAUUGUUGCUAUGUGUGGAUUGAGUGCUUGA